AUGAGGGACCGCGAAGCUCUGUUUCUCGGUUCUCUGCCAAGCUUCGACGAACUAAUGGCGGUCAAAGCCAUCAUUCAAUCGAGAAACGACGAUGAAAUAAGCACUAUCCAGCCCUUGUGUUGCAGAGAGUUAAUUUUCACGGAACCCAAAGUUCUUGUGUCACCAUUAAUGGAAGAAAGGAAUCAAUUAUUUCUCAUAACUGCGAAGCCAAUGUCUAAGUCUCCUCAAUUUCAAGAGCUACUGCAAAGGCUGAGCAUCAAGAUUACAGAACCAGUAACCUUGACUAGGACUGUGUUUCAGUUCUGUUUUUCUUUCACAAUGAGACAGAAACUUGCACCGUUGUGGAACAAAGCUGGCGAAUUUCUUGUCCAAGGUCGAGACUUCAUGCUGGAAAAUUCAAAGCUAAAUGCAAUCUCUUUGGAAGUAACAAUCACCGACAAGAUUUUCAUUGGAUUGCAACCUUUUUCUCUCAAGUUAACCCCGUGCAAGCCUGAGCAUUUUACCGCGUCAGUAAAAGCACUAGAAGAAUUCCACAGUAACAAAGAAUCUCACAUUAGUGACAUCUCUAUUUCUGACGACUUGUGUUUUGUGUUGCCAAGCCUUAAAAAAGGAAGGAUUGUUAGCAUAACACACCAAAUUCCUGAUGAAUGCCCUUUUACAAGUUACGAAGAACUGCGAAAACAUUGGAAACUGAUGUACGGAUACAGACUUCCACCGGAAGAAAACAUUUUCUACAAUGUACAGUUCUAUUACAUCAAAGAUAAAAUAUUUACAUACCCAGCUAGCUGUAUUCGAAGCAGCCAAGUGUUAGUGUCUCCUCGCUGUGAUCACCAGUUAAUUUUCAACUCUUUUUUAAGAGACCUUUCAAUGCGCAUGCAAACUGUGUGCGGGGCACCAUUGACUUUUACCUCUUCUCCACUCUAUCCAACGAGCAGCCUUAAACACGCUUCUAACCCAAACCACUUAAAUUUGACAAAGAAAACACCCCCUCAAUUCAACCAAUGUAAACCCUUCACUGUGCGAGGUACAAAAACACCCGAGGACACUCAGAAGCAAGUAGUCACAUCUUCAUUAUCUCGUUUGAUUUCGUCUCAGCCGACCUCUCACUCUCCUGUCGUUCAACCUGUUUCACACCUUUCUUCACCAUAUGUACCUUGUUUCACCAGCAGUAGCUCUGUCAGCAGCAUAUCAAAUGAUUCUGACCUAAUUACAGCGUCCUCUAACUCUGCUUCCCAAUUCACUGGCACACGAAUAAUUCCAAUGUUUUCAAGAAAACGAGUGCCGAGCCAUGAAGAGGAACAACAUACAGGUUACAAAAAAGGGCACAAAACAGAUCUUAAAGGAGGAUCUGAACCUCGAGAAAAAACGGCGUUCUCUGGAUUUUUAUCAAUUUAUCACGCUGCUCACACGCACAAAAGCCCACUUUCAAAUUCGUCGAAUUCAUUGCUAGCUUUCCACCAAGCAGAAAUGAGGAAGACAGUGAGAAAUGAAUCAGAAAAUAAAUCAACACACUCGAGCCGCACUCUGCUUGAAAACAGGAACAUUCACGCUGAAGGAAGACGAGGUAUAAGUGAUGGGGCAAGUGAAGAUAUUGGGAGAAGCGUUUCAAGCCCAAUGUGUGUGACAGAGGAUUCUCCCACGACGGUUUUUAAUGGGGCAUCAUUCUCUAGGCGUGACAUCUCCUCCGGCCACAGUCUAAGCCUGUCGAGUCCAGUUUCAAAGUCCUUGCCUCAAGCGAGACCUGGAUUAAUAAUAACACAAGCGCCUAAACGUAGAAAUAUUGCGGCCUCCCCUACAGAUAACACAAACUGCAGAUCAUUUGAAGACACCGCAUCUUCAUUAUCAGUAGCAGAAAAUGGCAGACCGGGCACCAGUCCCUGUCUGCUGAAUGGGCCUCGUUCUACUCCUGUUCGGAUCAAUGGCCUUCCAAAUGAAGGCACGCCUUCUAAAGGGCCAAAGUCAAAGCCGAAACUUCAGGAGAAUGUGGAUGUAAGAGAGCUGGCCGUAAAGCAGCAGCUCCACAAGGUAAACAUGGCGACGUUGAUCGACUGGCUUAAAAAGCGAGGUGUCCCUGUGAAAUCUAAGGACAAGAAAGAAGAGCUUACCAACAAAGUGAAGGAGUACAUUUCAGUGGUUGCACAUGAACCAUAA